CCGGUAGUGCAAUUGACUAGUAUGACUGAUCAGACUUUGCUGCCGCACACACGUUUCGAGGCGAUAUAGCCUAGCUUUAACAAGCUGUGCGCGCUCCCGCGGCUGAAAUCACUUUCUGGCAGCUGAUCACUUUUUGGCACAACACCGGGUCUCGGUAUUCACGAACGUUACGCACUUAAUCUACGCGGUUUAAACGCAAAUCACUAAUCGCUCCUACUCGGUGUACACACUAAUGAGGGAGAAUGGAGUCGUUACAGUCAGCAUCUGGUCAUUACACAUUGUUAUGACGAAAAACAGGUAAUGAGCGUAACAAUAUUUUAACAAGCGAUGGAGGGAAUACUACAUAAAUGGACCAAUUACAUAAGUGGUUGGCAGCCUCGGUGGUUUGUUCUGGAUGGAGGGACGCUGUCUUACUAUGAUUCUCAAGAAGACGCUUGGAAAGGAUGUAAAGGCAGCAUUAAGAUUUCAGUGUGUGAAAUCCUAGUCCAUUCCACAGACAUUACCCGCGUUGAUCUCACAAUACCUGGAGAGCAGUACUUUUACCUUCGAGCCAUCAAUGCAGCGGAGAGGCAGAAGUGGUUGGUGGCUCUGGGAACAGCAAAGGCCUGUCUCACAGACAACCGGACAAGGAGAGAGAAAGAGCUUCAAGAAAACACAGAGGCAAUAAAAACCAAGAUGUCAGAACUUAGAUUGUACUGUGACCUCCUCCUCAAACAAGUGAACAAGAUCAAGGACAGCGAGGAGCGUGGAGACUCUGCAGAAGCAGGUGAGGAUACUGGAAACAUGGUUAAAUCCACAUGCACCACAUUCCUCAAAACUCUUGAGGAGUGCAUGCAGAUAGCCAACCACACAUUCUCGUCAGACAUGGUGUCACAGAGUCCACCUGGCUCUCCCCCAGUAGCUGCCAUCAAACCUCAGAAGAUCAAACCGCUCUGUCACCUGAAUCUGGGAGAAAAAUUGAGAGAGUCAGAGGAAGCACAUGAAAACCAGAGCCAGGACUCGGGGCGAGAGGGAGCAGAGGAACCAGAAAAACCAGACAUACCCUCCCACAGAGACCAAGCACCCUCAACAGUUCUUGAGGAGGACGAUGGGCCUCCAGCCCCUUAUACUGCUGGACCUGUGACUCAACUGGAGGGAGAGGGGAGCAAUCCUGAACAAGAACAAAAGCACAACAUGGACCAAAUCAAAGAGGAUGGAGAGGAUGAGGUGAGCCGAAACCAGAGGGAGAUGGUCUCUGCCCCGGACCAAAUCCUACCUCCUCAGGAUCCUCUGCUGGAGGAGGAGGGUGUAGACACAUUCUUCAGCACAAUGAGUCACAGAUUUAGUGAUAUAAGACUGGAAGACGACAGGGGUAUCCCCACCCAAGACUUUUUGGACUCAUGCUAUGCAAUAGUACCUGUCUUAGACAAGCUGGGAUCCACCGUGUUCGCUCCAGUUAAAAUGGAUUUUGUUGGAAACAUCAAGAAAAUUAACCAGAAGUGGUUGUCAGACCCCAACUGCUUCCCGACCCUCCAGUCCAUCGUGCUGCACGAGCUGCAGACCGCUACAGCACAGGUGCGCAACUCGGCCACCGAGGCGCUGCUGUGGCUCCGACGAGGCCUCCGCUUCCUUAAGGAGUUCCUGUCUGAGGUCCACUCUGGGGAGCAGGACAUCCAUGGGGCCCUCAACAACGCCUAUGGAAGGACACUUCGGCAGUACCACGGCUGGGUCGUACGAGGCGUGUUCGCUUUGGCCCUGAGAGCCUCCCCGUCCUACGAGUCCUUCACCGCGGCCUUAGUAUCCCAGGAGGGGGACCAGCUGAAGCCGGGCUUCACCAGCGGCAUGCGGCGGGACCUGAGUGUGUACCUGCCCGCCAUGGAGGACCAGCUGGGCAUCCUGGACGACCUGUACGACGAGUACAGCCUGGAGUCUGACGAGGUGGUAUGAGACUCUAGGGGCCUUCCUGCUGCACAGAGACGGUGUUGACGUUGAUUUGCUUGCAGCGAGGCAUUGUGGAUUGAGAGACAAGGAAGAUGUAGUUUAAAUAUCUUGUCAGGCCUGAGAGCCGGUUUAGUUAGCUAUAACCUAAAAAGCGGGUGUGGUUCAACAAAUUAUGCUAAUGCUAACGUAUUCUAUUAUUGUAUUAAUUCAAGAAACCCAGAGAAUCCAUCUUUUCAUGUUCUGGCUAAAGAGGAUGGUGGUUAAUUUAUUCCCAAGACAUUCCUGUUUGCUCGGGUUUAUAAAACGGGUUGAUGGAUAGGCCUGCCGCUGAUACAAUGCACCAUAUUGACCAAGCUAAUGUCAGGUUGUUAGUUUUUCUUUCCCCAGUAUAUGCCUUGAAUUUGUUAUUGGUUCUAAUAAGGGACAACUAUUUUCUAAUGUGUGUUGCACUGAAGUUGUCCUAUGUAACAUUUGUUACUGAAUGGUGUUCAUCUGGCUAUAAUUGUAAUCAUAAGGCAAUAGGUUUGCAUUGGUUUCCUUAGUGUAACAGGUUAACAAUGUAUUGUCUGUGUUCUGUAUAAAGACUCCAUGGGACCAAUAUGUGACGGACAUGAGAAUGCUGUUAGCGUUUGCUUUCCAUCACAUCAAAGAAAAAUGCAAUGGAGCUGUUCAAGUGUUGGCAAUUGAUCAACUCAAAAUCAGCAUUUUUGCACAAACCUAUGCACAGUUUGCAUUGUUAUUCUGACUCUGACUUUAUAUAUUAGCUCUAAAUGGUUCACAUUUUGAUAAUCUCAAUCUUUGUAGGUGAAGUAUAUUGGUAUUUGCAUCCAGCAAGAAUGGAUUUAGAUUGCAUGUUUAAAUGUAACAAUGGUGCCAUAAGACAAGUAAAAAUGAAUACACUCUUACACAAAGAUCUGAAUUUAUUAAAUGUAUCGCAUUUAUAUUGAACCAUUUUCCAACGGAAUGAUUGGCACCAUGUCCCAAAAUAGAAGUUACUUCCGGUUUAUUAAUUAUGGACCCAGAUGUACACUUGCCAUAUAUACUCUAACUUUGUGAAGCAGGAUCCUCCUUGACGUGACUUUUGUAAAUGUUCCUGUAACGUGCCAGUAUUUAAAAGUCUAUCUGGUCAAUAUUUGAGUUUGCAGCGUGGGUUUAUUUGUUUGUACAAUAACAUUUUCUUUGUCUCCUGUACAUUAGAGAUGUGCAAAAAGCUUGUUUACAAUUCCUCUGUCAGAAUAAUACAAUGUUGUAUGUGGAUAAUGAUAAUAUGCUUUUUAAAUGAUGAACAUAUAAGGGGGUAUUUCAUUACUACUCAAUAAAUGGUAAUGGUUUUGAAUUGGCAAAGUCAUGGUCAGCUAUAAGCUGUUAAUGUUUUCUAGUUGACUGACUUUAGACCGCAUUUACGCUUUACUGUUCCUAGCUCAUUUCAGACCAAUCAGGGGAUCUCUUCCAUGGCUGGUUUGAGGGAUCCAUCUGGCACGUCAAUCACAGGUGUGUGAAAUGCAUCACUUUUCAAUGGCGGAGAAACCUAGGGAGGGGUGAGAGCAGAGGGGGAGGGCAAGUUAUGGUGUGUUCAAGGGUUAGGGUAACCCUGUUCUAGGCCCUGUCCACACGGCUACGAUUUUUGUGUAUAAACGCGGAACGACCGCCUAGAAGGACACGAGUUUUCGGUGCAUGAAAACACAUUCUUUUGAUACAAGGUCCCAGGGUGAAAAAGAGAAAACUAGUGAUUGGUCAAUUGCGACCAAAUCUGUUUGAAUGACCGAAUCUUUAAAUUUCCCAUGGCAUGCUACUAUAUGGAUGCUUUAAUAAAGAUAUUAGUGGGCCCCUAACACAUUAUUUGAAGACAUUCCUGAAAUUCAGCCGUUGUGCAGAAUUACAGCCACUACGAGCCAGUCGCACAUUUAUGGAAAGCCAAGAAGGCCACUAACUGGCCCUAGAAUGGCGCGGUGAAAGUGCAAAACCGCACGGAAACCGUCCAGAAUCCGUAUAUGGAAAGCCAAGAAGGCCACUAACUGGCCCUAGAAUGGUGCAGUAAAAGUGCAAAACCGCACGGAAACCGUGCGGUUUGGCAGGAAUUCCGUACGGAUUCCGUACGGUUUUUGAAUGCCUAAUAGCCGCGGCUAUUUAUUAUUCACUCCGGCUAUAGAGCGGCGAAGUGACGCCCCUUCCGGUAGAGCUCAUGGGACCUAUGAGAUCGAAAAAUAUGAAUGGGUGUCAAUGGAGAGAAAAUAAUUAUUUUCUGGUCCCAGUCUUUGUAUGACCUGGAU